GGAACUUGCGACCGGUUCAUGCUUGAUUUAAGAUUCAGCUCUAGACGGCGCAAGGUUCAGCCUCAUAACCUUAUCCAAAUCCGUUACCGAAUAAACUCCCUCCUUAUUCGCCCUGAAUUCUUCUGCCUAAAACUGAUAAGCCUGGCUACGUCAAUAUCAACAUGGGUCGUGGCGAAUCUCCGCCAGACAAUCAACGAGCCUCACGAAGCGAUAGCGAUGGAGCUUACGAACGCGACAGGCGAAGCCGAACUACUCGUCGCGAUGACCGAAAACGAGAUAGAUCCCGCGAUAGAUCUGGAACAAGAAAACGCCACCGACGUUCAAGGUCCCCCGACGACGCGCGUAGGCGUAGAUCCACUUCUCGAGACCGCAAUCCCGGUAGAGGCGGCGAACAUAGGCGGAGGCGAUCACGCGACCGUGAUAGACACAGCGAACGAGGCUCAUACCGCCCCCGGGCACCGGGUGACGACAAUUAUGACGAUAGAGAAAAAGGCGGAAAACAAUUAGUGAAGCGAAGCGGUCCACUCCCUUCACAGGCUGAUUCCUUUGCUAUUACCAAAGGCGAAGAGCCGCCAAAGCCUAAAGAGAAGCCUAAUUAUGGGAAUACGGGCGCAUUAGCUGCUGCUUCAAACUCGAUUGUUCAGGCGGACGGCUCUAAAAUAGUUCUCAAAUACCACGAACCGCCCGAGGCCCGUAAAGCAUCACCGAAAGACCAAUGGAAACUAUUCGUUUUCAAAGGCGAAGAUAUCGUGGAUACCGUACCCCUCAGCCAUCGUAGCUGCUGGUUAGUCGGUAGGGAAUUGGCGGUAGUAGAUUUACCUGCUGAACAUCCCAGUAUCAGUAAGCAACACGCUGUUAUACAAUUCCGCUAUAUUGAAAAGCGUAAUGAAUACGGUGACAAGAUCGGCAAGGUGAAGCCCUACCUGAUUGAUCUAGAAAGCGCCAAUGGGACUAUGCUCAACGGAAAGAAAGUGCCGGAAAGCAGGUAUUUGGAACUUAGAGAGAAGGAUAUGAUCCAAUUCGGUCAGAGCACACGGGAGUAUGUACUCAUGCUCGCCCCGAAGGACUAAAGGACGAGGAGUCCAAACAAAGAUUAUAGCCUCCUGUGCCAAUUCCGCAUGCCCAUUAUGACCACGGUGCAUUGUUUCACUGUGUACAUCCUACCGGAUCGGCGUGUAUCGGCGCAAUGAUCACAGAUUCUUCCAACGGCCGUACCGAGAAAGUUGGAAGCGAAUUUUCUAGAACCUCUCUUCAACCUCGCCGUUGCCCUCGGAGAAAUGGCAGGGUGAUCUUCCGCCUCACCAUCCGGAACCACCUUACAUACCCCUGAGCAAGAUCAAGGAGGCUACCAUCGGUAUGUGUCGAUGGGGCGGUGUCUCCUAAUUGGUGUUGCACACCUAAAUUUCACACCCAUUGAAAUC